UCACUCACUGUGUCCUUCUCACUCUUUCUGCAUAUCUUGACUUGUUUCUGCUUCCCCCAUCUCUCUGUCUGUCUGUCUGUCUGUCUGUCUGUCUGUCUGUCUGUCUCUCUCUCUCUCUCUCUCUCUCUCUCUCUCUCUCUCUCUCUCUCUCUCUCUCUCUCUCUCUCUCUCUCUGUCUCUUUCUCCCUCUUUCUGCAUAUCUUGGCUUGUUUCUGCUUCCCCGGUCUCUCUGUCUGUCUGUCUGUCUGUCUGUCUGUCUGUCUCUCUCUCUCUCUCUCUCUCUCUCUCUCUCUCUCUCUCUCUCUCUCUCUCACUGUCUCUUUCUCCCUCUUUCUGCAGAUCUUGCCCUGUUUCUGCUCCCCCUGCUCUCGCUCGGACUCUACAGCGGAGACAUGGAUUUCUAUGAAACAUCUGGAUCCGAGCUGCAGAAUGAAGCUCACGCUCCAGACCAGAAGUGGGUUGACGUCGCCAAACAGCUGCGGAAUGAAGUUAAAAACGCUCGCGAUGAGCAGUUUCAUAGUGCCAUCGGAGGAACACAGAACACGACUAUUUACGCCUAUAAGGGGAUUAAGAUGCCGAUCCUCAAUGAUUCAGACGGAUGUUUGCGCUCUGAUUUCAAUGCACAAAAAUGUCUGCGCCUUAUCUACACCGGUUUGCGGGUGUACCAGGUUAACAUGCCUCACCUAGAGCAGGACAGCCAGUUUAUAACCAACGUACUGAAUAUUAAAGCGGGGACCUACAGAUUGCUACAUUUAAUUAAAGAAACAGUAAAAGUAAACGAUGAGAAAGUUCCUCAAGUGGAUUUGAGUGAAUUUCCAGAUACAGCAUGGAAUCAGAAUAUAAUCGCACACUCCAUUCUGCACAGCUUCACAGACUUCAUGACCGAAGCCAGCAGAGCGAUUAAUUACAUGAAGAAUAAGAAAUUAAUGAGACAACACCUUAAAGAGGACAAGAAGGUGGACAAGUGGAUCUCAAAACACCAGCAAUGAACUGUCUGAUGUUGCCUCUCAUAUUUAUCUGGUCACAUAUUUAUUUAUUUAUCUAUUUAUUGCAGUAAUACUGUAUGUUUAAAAAUAGUUUUAUAUUUAAAAUUUGGAAGUUGGAAAGAUCAGGGAAUUGAUGCUUAGUGUGAAAACUAAGCUCGUACGUGUUACAUUAACACAUGUGACUGUUUUUAAGAGAUAAAUAAAGCUGGAUCAAAUGCAA